CCGCUAAUCACGGUAGAGGAAGAGGCUACCAUAUUGCAGUGAUACAGCGAGUUUGUUCGAUUUUCUGUUUUGUCAGCCYUUGUGUUUCAAUAAUGCUUUCAGCUCAGAGUUUUGGAGAUCCUGGGAAAAUGAAAGACUAUCAUUACACGGGUCCAGUAGAGCACAGGUUUUCACCGUACGCCUUCAACGGAGGGACUGUACUAGCUGUUGCUGGGGACGAUUUUGCCAUUGUAGCAUCAGAUACCAGGCUGAGUGAAGGCUACUCAAUCCACAGCCGGGACUCCCCUAAAUGCUACAAGCUGACAGACACAACUGUCCUCGGCUGCAGUGGUUUUCAUGGUGACUGUCUAACGCUGACAAAAAUCAUUGAUGCUAGACUGAAGAUGUACAAGCACUCGAACAACAAGACUAUGACCAGUGGAGCCAUAGCAGCCAUGCUGUCUACCAUCUUGUACAGCCGGAGGUUCUUCCCAUAUUAUGUCUACAACAUAAUUGGUGGACUAGAUGAAGAGGGCAAAGGAGCCGUGUACAGCUUUGACCCAGUGGGCUCCUACCAGAGAGACACCUACAAGGCUGGAGGAUCUGCCAGCGCCAUGCUGCAACCAUUACUAGACAACCAGAUUGGUUUCAAGAACAUGGAAGGAGUGCAGCAAGUUCCUCUGACUCAGGAAAAGGCAGUUCAGUUGGUCAAAGAUGUCUUCAUCUCYGCCGCAGAGAGAGAUGUCUACACCGGAGAUGCCCUUCGGAUCUGCGUCAUCACWAAAGAAGGCCUUAACGAGCAGACUAUACCACUGAGGAAGGACUGAAGAAGGAAAAUGUUUCUAACAUUCAUGGGUUUUCUCUUUGGUUCCUCCGUUCAACCUUCACUCUGCUGAUUUCCCUUCUUUUCCACCAGGUUUCUCAGCAUAGGGGUGUUGAUCCUGAGGCUUUACUCAAGUUUAAAUCGGGUUUUUUUUCCUGCGCUCAAAGCGUCCUAGUUCAAAAGAUCUCUCAACCUUAGAUCAACRUUCUUAUUCUGAGAAGUGGGCUCAUUACCUUCCAUUACCUUGACUCUGCCUCUGGGUUUGUUCAUUAGAUGUUGCAGAGAUUUGUGCUCAGCUUUUCUUUUUACAUUCUUAAUAAAUGUAAACAAUUAAAAAAAAGAAGUUGUA